GCCCUGUUUCACUCUGAAAUGCAUCGAAUUAUAAAAAUACAAUGGGUUGCAAAUGGAAAUUCUCACAAUGACAUUUGACAAAUAUUUGCUAUGAAUUUUAAAUGCAACGUUUCUACCUCCUGCGUUCUCUCUCGAUCAGGCCUUCCCAUCUGUGACCGCUCAGCCUCUUCCCUUUGGUCUGGAAAGAGAGAGACAUAUUGACAUGCUCUUCAGAGGUUUCCACAGGCAGAUUAGGCCUACUACAGACAGCCAGGACCUCACACCUGUGCUCCGGCCUACAGGCAGGAGAGGAGAGGAAGAGGGACCCGGAGGGAAAGAGAUGGACAGUAAGGGGAAAAGACUGGGAAAACUAUCUGUUCUGAGAACAGUCACAAGACUCCACAUUAAUGCCAGACCAGAAAUACAAGGUCCACAGUGUGUCGCCCGAAGAACAUACAACAUCUCCACAGAAACCAGUGAUCAGCUCUUUGUGGCUGUGGAAGAGAGCUCAUGCAUGUGUAUGCAAUGCUGUGGUCCAGCUCGAUCCUGUUCACUACAAGGCUUUGAUAAGGACGCAGAAUGUGUCUUCCUGUUUGAGAGGCCCCUGAGAGCGGAGAUGUGCUGGCUCGGCUGCUGCCUGAUGGAAAUAAGUGCUUAUACACCAGAGAGAGAGUUUAUUGGAACAGUUCACCAAAGGUGGAGUAUGUUCACGCCGUAUUUCGAGGUCUGUGACUCUGAGGGCGUCUCGGCCGUGAGGAUCCAGGGCUCCUGCUGCAACACACGAUGUCUUUCUGAACAAGAGCUGCAGGUGGUUUCCACUAUUGGUGAGAGUGUUGGGCGCAUAUGGAAGAGGUGGCCUGGAUAUAAUGAGGAAUGUAACAUGGAUCAUGAGUAUUUUGGACUGGAUGUACCCCAAGGAAUGAAUUUGAACACCAAAGUGCUGUUACUAGCUGCUACCUUCCUGCUGAAUCAUAUGUUCUUUGAGAUGAGCUAAGUGGAAAUGGUAAAACGUUUCUGAGACAUAAAUGCUCCACCUGUAGUGUGAACCCAACAAUACAAAACUAUGGUGACUCAUACCAAGAUGGAGCACUGCAUAAUUUCUUUGAAAACUGCAAGAAACAUGGAUGGUGAUACUUUUCUAAGCUAAUUGCAUCUAAACUGUACAGUGUAGUGCACAUCAAGAUUCCCUGUACAGAGCCUCUCUACAGGCUAAACACUGAAAUAGGAUUUAAAGGUUGAGUAUUAUAUUGCACAGAACAUAAUAUUAGCCCUAUAUAGCCAAUAGUAUCAUAUUUAAUACGCAAAGGAUCUAAAUUAUCAACAUGGUCAAAACUUUGCUGAAAAACCUGCUGUACCCGAUCUGCUACAUGUCUUCUGGUCUGAUAGUUUCAUAGUUUUCAAUAGUUUUGUAGCAAGUAAAAGGCCUUUUAGUGUAAUUCUAAAACGUUCCUCUUGAGGUUUGGUAUCUUUUUGCUCUGAAAUCUUUAUUGAUUUUAAUAAAGUAAACAAGAAUAACUUUUAUAUUUUAGUAAAUAUUUCAAGAUGAACACACUUGACUGAAGCAACUUUUUUUUUUUUUUUAAAUCAUGUUAAAUGUGAGUAUCAAAUAUGAUGCAUCAGGUUCUUGAGGAACGUUUAUUUGUAUAUCUCUCAAUUACCAUUAUAUUGCAUUGCAUUAUAUGUUUUGCCCCCACAAUAAAAACUAUAGAGCUUUGAUCAUAAACUUUCAUAAACAUUUAAAUAAUAUAUUACUGAGACAUAUAGAGUAACUGAUAUUUAUAUGUAGAUUAUGAAAGUAGUCUGUUAUAUUGUUAUAAAGAUCUCAUUAAUUUACAAGCUGUCAGAAUUUCAUCUUACUUUUUGGCCACAUAAAUAAAAGCAACUUAACCAAAUUGCAUAUUAUGGCUCUGUUUGGGCCUUUGAAUAUUUUUUUUCACCCUCAAGUAUGAUAUAUAUAUAUAUAUAUAAAUCAUAUUAUAUGAGUAAUAAAAGCCUUGAGUAUUAAAAAAAAAUACAAGCAAACUGGGAUUUUUUUUUUUACUAUUUCAUUUGUCAGGAUUUACACAGUUAAAGGUUCAUUGCACUAAUUUGUAAGACCCUAAUACAAACAUGGAUGUAUUUCUGCAUAUAAUAAAGAUCAUUGAUUGUUUAUAAUUUAUCAUCAUGCCAGCUACAGUGGCUAUUUUCAUGAUGAGAAAUAGUUUAAAAUAUUUUCAAACGAAUAAACUGAAUAGUAAAGAGUCCUAAAGGAGUGAAAAUCAAAAAAAUAUUCCAAAAUAUUGGACUCUUGUGUAAGGGGCAUAAUGGAGGAUUUCCACCCUUUUAACAGAAUUUUUUUUACUAUAAACUAUAAAAAUAAGACUAUAAAAAUGCCCUUUUUCUUUAACAAAAUUUACUGGAAAAAUAUUUUGGAUAGUUAAGGACAUGGGCUAAAAAAAAAAGCCCAGUUUCAGUCCUCAGUAAGAGUGACACAGGAAUUAGAAAUUUUCUGAGAUAUGAACCUAGAUGUGAACAUUUUAAGACCAGGUGGCAUCAGCAGGGCUGUACAUGUAAAUAAUGUUAUUCACUAUCAAUAAAACAAAGUCACACCACAGCUGAAAAUUAGCAGCAGAUGCAUAAUCAACAUUUAUUGCUAUGAUCAAUCAUAAUUAAAAACACCCUUUCCUUUCCACUUUUUUUAUGUACCUCAAAUACAACUGUCCAGCACCAGCACUGAAUUUCAGGCAGUAUAAAGUGAUGAUCCACAGCCCCCUUUAACUAUCAGUGUUAGUUAGGAUAUCUGAAUAAUGUCCGAGUGAUUUCUAAAACAGGGCUUGAAGUCCUAUGAAUAGAGUCGUUUCUCCAGUGUCGACGACUCCAGCGGAUGUUGAGCGAACUUGGAAAUCAGUGUUUUGCCGGAGGCGAAGGCCAGGCACAGUGAAUCAGGCAGCAUGGCACCCAUCCCUGGUAGGGCACUGUCCUUUGGGUUUACACUCUCUCAAACUCAGGAGAAAUAAAAAGUUUGCCAUUAUAGAUCUCUCCAAAUACA